UAAGUGGACCAGGCGCAGCCCUAACCCAGCACAGAGGGCGAGCCUGGGAGGGCGCGCUCUGCUGGGCUCCUCAGCCGCUGAGAACUCACCGGGCACGCACAGGAGGAGGUUCCAUCCUCUCCCCUGCCCUGAAUGUGUUCCCCACCAUGGAGGCAAUAAGUUUAUUCAUCUUGGUGGGAUUUAUAGGAGAGUUCCCAGUUUUUUCAAGCCCCGCCAGUCCAGUCAACUGCCAGUGGGAUUCCUUUGGCCCUUGGUCGGAAUGCAACGGUUGCACGAAGUCUCAGACUCGCAGGCGGCCCAUUGCGGUUUACGGGCAGUUUGGCGGCCAGCCUUGUGCCGGAAGUGCUUUCGAGACGCAAGCAUGUGAGCCCACGCGGGGGUGCCCCGUGGAGGAGGGGUGCGGAGAGCGCUUCCGCUGCCUUUCAGGGCAGUGCAUCAGCAAAUCCUUGGUGUGCAACGGCGAUUCCGACUGUGACGAAGACAGCGCUGAUGAGGACAAGUGCGAGAACACGGAGAGCAGACGUUCCUGUGACCUCGAUAAACCUCCUCCCAACAUAGAACUUACCGGAAAAGGUUACAACGCCCUCACUGGCCAGGUCAGGAACAGAGUCCUCAACACAAAGAGUUUCGGCGGCCAGUGCAGAAAGGUGUUCAGUGGGGAUGGAAGAGAUUACUACAGACUGAGUGGGAACAUCCUCUCCUACACAUUCCAGGUGAAAAUAAAUAAUGACUUUAAUUAUGAAUUUUACAACAGUAGCUGGUCUUAUGUAAAAGAAACAUCAACAAGCUAUUCAUCAUCUGAAAGAAAAACAUCCUUUUUUGGACUUUCAAAAAGUUCUUCUGCUUCUUCUUUUUCUAGUGGACAUUACAAUGAAAACCAGAAGCAAAAGAGUUAUCAGUUGCUGGUUCUCCAGAACACUGUGGAGGUGGCUCAGUUCAUCAACAACAACCCAGAAUUUCUACAGCUCGCGGAGCCCUUCUGGAGGGAACUCGCCCACCUCCCCUCUCUGUAUGACUACAGCGCCUACCGGAAGUUGAUCGACGACUACGGGACCCAUUUUCUGCAGUCGGGAUCCUUAGGAGGAGAGUACAAGGUUCUAUUUUAUGUGGACACGGAGAAGAUGAAACAAAGAGGUCAUAGUUCAAUAAGUACGAAUAGCUGUCGUUCCAAAAGUAUCACUUUCGUGUUUUCAUCUUCUUCAAGGCAAUGCAACGAGCUGAACGAUGCCUUAAAAAAUGUUGCAGGAGCCUCGAGCAAUAAGCUGCAAGGGACCCCCUUUGUCAGAGGGGGGAGUUCAGGCUUCGUGUCCGGCCUCAGCUACCUGGAGCUGGAGAAUCCUGCCGGAAACCAAGAGCGGUAUUCUUCCUGGGCAGCUUCUGUGACUGGGCUUCCCCAAGUCAUAAAGCAGAAGCUGACACCUUUAUAUGAGCUGGUCAAGGAAGUACCCUGUGCCUCGGUGAAGAGAGUCUACCUGAGACGGGCUCUGGAGGAGUACCUGGAUGAAUCGGACCCCUGCCAUUGCCGGCCUUGUCAAAACGGUGGCCUAGCCACCGUGGAGGGGACCCAGUGUCAGUGCUCUUGCAAACCGUACACGUUUGGCGCCGCGUGUGAGCUAGGGGUCCUCGUACAGGGCGAAGCAGGGAAGGUGGAUGGAGGUUGGAACUGCUGGUCCUCUUGGAGCUCCUGUGUUGCAGGGAAGAAAACGAGGCGUCGAGAAUGCAGUAACCCGCCUCCCAGUGGGGGCGGGCUCUCCUGCAUCGGGGAAACGUCGGAGAGCAGGCGGUGCGGGGAGGAAGACGAGGAGCUGAGGAAUCUGCGAUUGCUUGAACCACAUUGCUUUCCUUUGCCUUCCGGUUCAACAGAAUUCUGUCCACCACCCCCUGCCUUGAACCACGGAUUUGUUCAAGGUGAAGAUACCAAAUUUCCUGUUGGGAAAAACAUCGUGUACGCCUGCAAUGAGGGGUACUCUCUUGUUGGAAACCCCGUUGCCAGAUGUGGAGAUGAUUUACAGUGGCUUGUUGAGGAAAUGCAUUGUCAGGAAAUGGCCUGUGUUCUCCCUGCACUGAGGGAUGGCCUUCAGAGUCAGCCCCAGCAGCCUUCCUACACCAUCGGCGAUAAGGUGACCUUUUCCUGUUCAGACGGCAUGUCCUUGGAAGGUCCUUCAACAGUUCUCUGUGGAUCCAGCCUCAAGUGGGACCCGGAGAUAAAGGACAUCCGUUGUGUGCACAAAGGUGCUGCCCCUCUGACAUCAGCAGUGCCUGUAUGUCAGCCCUGGGAGAAAGUGAAGAAUUCAAGAUGUGUUUGUAAAGUGCCCAAUGAAUGUCGGUCUUCCUUGGCGGUGUGUGCUCGGGACGAGAGGAGGGGACGGGUGCUGCCCCUGACCGUGUGCAAGCUGCGUGCUGUGCACUGCCAGGGCCUGCGGUUCACGCUGACGGGCGCGGACACCUGCAGACACCCUGCCUCAGCCGCGAAAGCCUGCGGCGCGUGUCCACUGUGGGAAAAGUGUGACGACCAGGGCAGCAACUGUGUCUGCAGAGAGGCCUCGGAGUGCGAGGAGCAAGGCAUCAGCGUCUGCGUGGAGGUGAACGGCGAGCAGCGCACUAUGACGGAGUGUGAGGCCGGCGCCCUGAGGUGUCAAGGGCAGAACGUCUUGGUCACCAGCAUUGAGCCUUGUGAGGGGGGCGCCCAGUAGGCUCCCGGCCGCCCGGGGCUUGCUCAGAAUCCAGCAGAGGCUGUGGCCCGUGGGAACACCCCACAACUGAGCGCUUCAACAUCCCCAGCAGGGGGCGCACUCUUUCUCCUUCCCCCCAGGGCCCCUGCGCCCUCAGCCCCCAGCUGCCCGCAGAAGCCAGACCUUCAUCAGAUAGAUACUCUUUUUCCUUAAAAAAUACAAUAAAAUAAAAUCAGUCAGGUUGAAGAGUUUUCAUGAACCCCUGCCUGAGUUAACUCUGUUCUUGGAGAAACCGCUCACUGCUCUGGGUUUGGGCCUUUUCGUCGGAAAAUUAGAGGGUUAGGCCGGAGAAACUCAGAUGCUCCCUUUAAGUCUGGGUGGCCCCGCCCAGCGGCCAGAAUACCCUCUGCAGCUGGACUAGGGAACAGAGACGUUAAGAGAAGCAGCCCGCUCAGUAAAACCCGAGUACAGAGGGGACCUCGAAUGGAGAAAGACCGUUACAACGAUUCCAUCCCGGGAAGGGGACUCGUGCGUGCGCCACGCUGUUGGCGCCGGCACAGCGGGCAGGGCUCCCCAGGCUUGUCGGGGGAAGGAAACACCGACGCGUCGGAGGGAGCCGAAUGCAUCAUGUCCUAGUUACGGGCACCUUCUGCCUCUUUGCUGACGACUCACAUAAUUCAGUCUUGUUUUGGGGGCUUUUUUUUAGUGCAGGUCACACCCAAGACCUGCACUCCAGGUUGCCCCGCCCCCUUUUCUUUGGUGGGAAGCGCCAGUUCUGGGCUGAGCCACGGGGUGAUUGCUCCUUAGAGAGAACGUUUCUCUCCGAUGUGGAUGCGCGCUAGACUCUUCAGGGCCCGUGGAGGUAGAUCGACUUGAAGCGCUAGCCUCCAGUUUACUCCUCAUUCAUUCUUCAUCAAAACAAAACAAAACGAAAACAGCUGUGGGAGAUGAAAUGCAUGGGCUUACGUGGAACUUAAAAUAUGCUUUCAUAUACAAAUAAUAUCUCUGUAUUUUUCUGAUACUGAUAAAUACCUUUCUGCAAAGCUUUCGUUAACAUGACAAUGAUUAAAGUACUCCUUAAAGAUGC